AUGCGUGCGCAGCAGCACUUCCACCGCAGCCGCCGCCAUGACCCAGCUGCAAAACUCUUCAAAAUAAAACCCUUCCUUUUCCUCGCCUCCGCCGCUGUUGGCCUCCUCACCGGCUUAAAUGACUGCAUCUACGCCUACGGCGUCGCACGCCUCCCCGUCUCCACCUCCUCUCUCAUCAUCGCCUCCCAGCUCGUCUUCACCGCCGCCUUCGCCUACCUCCUCGUCAAGCAGAAGUUAACAUCGCAUUCCGUGAUCGCCGUCAUUUUGCUUACUAUCGGAGGCGCCGUCUUGGCGUUCCACACGAGCGGCGACCGGCCUAAGGGGGAGAACAGCAAGGAGUACUUGGUAGGGUUCCUCAUGACUUUGGGGGCAGCGGUGCUCUACGGCUUCAUCCUGCCGUUGAUGGAGCUGGUCUACAAGAAGGCGAAGCAGGAGAUUACUUACUCCCUGGUGUUGGAGAUUCAGAUGGUCAUGUGUUUCUUCGCCACUGCUUUUUGGACCGUCGGCAUGAUUGUCAAUAACGAUUUCCAGGGUAUUCCAACUCCAAGAGAAGCAAAAAAAAAAAAAGAAAAAAAAAAAUUGGAGCUAGGGGAGACCAAGUACUGCGUGGUGCUUUUGUGGAGUGCAAUAAUCUGGCACAUAUAA